CACACCUCCUUCUUCUAUCAUCUUCUCUGUCUGCAUCUCUGUUCUCUUGUGGAACCCACACUAGCAGUCACCACACCCUCCCCCAUCCUUCCUUUCCAACCAGCGGCGCCCUCUUUCUUCCCCCCUUUACUUAGUUUCAAAGCUCACCCACCUCCCUUCCCUUUCUUUCUCUCUCUCUCCUCAUUAUAUCUCCCUCUCUCUUUCUUUGGCCCCUUUCAACCCCCAUCCUCAUAUUCACACUUCACACCCACAUCCUCUUAUAAAAUUAUUUCUUCCUCUCUUUCUCCUCCUUCUUUUAUCCUUCUUCACCCCCAUUUAAAUUAUAAAAAACACCCAAUUUUUUCUAAAAUAUUAUCUAAUACUCUAGAAUACUCUAAGAUAUUAAAUAUACCAAUCCUAUCUCCAUCAACUUACAAAUAUAUUAUUAAAAAAACCCCAAAAAAAAUGAAAGGAGAAUAUGAUGUAGAAGAAGAAAAUGAGAAGAAUAAUAAUCAAAAUAAUGUACACAACAACAACAAUAUGUUUGCAAAAUUUUCUCACCACCCUAAAUUCCACCCCCCACCUCCUCCACUUCCUUCUCAUCAACAUAAUCCUCGCUUUCCUCCUCCUCAUCUUCAAUCUCACCACCCUUUUUCUCAACCUUCAGAAGAAGCUGAUUCUGCAACAACCACCACCACAACUACCACCACACCGUUUUCUCAACCACCUUCUAAGAAACCCAAAACAACCAAUCAAAUUCAAACCACCACUACUGCUACUAGCAAUGAAGAUGGUGGGACCAUCGAGGUUUCCCGCCGUCCACGUGGCAGACCACCCGGUUCCAAAAACAAACCAAAACCACCCGUAGUAAUAACCCGCGAACCCGAACCCGCCAUGUCACCUUACAUCCUUGAACUCCCUAGUGGGUCCGACGUAGUCGACUCAAUCACGCGCUUCACGCGCCGCCGUAGCGUCGGCCUUUGCGUUUUAACUGCUUCUGGGGCGGUAGCCAACGUUACGCUGAAACAACCUUCUACUACUACUCCUGGUGGAACUGUCACGUUUCAUGGGAGGUUUGAUAUACUGUCUCUUUCAGCUGUAGUGGUUGUCAAUACGGUGCCGUUUCACGGUGGUGGUGGGGCUGGGUUCACUAUAUCAUUGGCGGGCCCACAAGGGCAAAUUGUAGGUGGUAAAGUAGUUGGUGCUUUGGUUUGUUCUGGAACUGUGUAUGUUGUUGCUGCAUCGUUUAAUAAUCCUACUUAUUGUAGGCUACCUCUUGAUGAUGAACAAGAUGAUCAUAAUAAUAAUAAUAGUCAACAUAGUGAUGAACAUGAUGGUCGAGAUCAUAGUAGACCUGGUUCCAUAACUUUGUAUACUGAUCAUGGUAUGAAUACGACCACAACUACUACUAGUGCUAAUGAAGUUUUAUGGGCUACACCAUCUUCUGCUAGACCACCUUAUUGACAAAUCAAUCUCAUGUUUUUAGUCUGAGAAAAGAAAAGUGGAGAGAGAAUGAGUAAUGAGAGUGAGAAGAAGAUGGCAGAACUUUGAAGAAAGAGAGAGGUGAUAAAAAGUGGAGGUGUGAUAAAUCUGACUUAUUUAGUGAUGUGAAAAUGAGCAUGCAAUUUGCAGAAGUUACAGAUAUGGAAGGCUAUCUUUUAGCUCUUAUGGGUGUUGUGUUGAAUGGUGUAGUGUUGAAGUACUAUUGGUGUUUGUAUGUAUGGAUUAAAGUGUAGGAAGUUGAAUUUUUUCUUUUGCAGAAUAAGAACGUGACUAUGCUAAUCUAAGGCACUCUUUCUUUUCUUUUUCUUCACACCUCUUUGUUGUUGCUUGCCAGCUCUUUCUCUUUCAGUUCUUCUUCUCGAGAAACUUUGGUAGUGAAGCAUUAGAAGUUUUUGAUUUAUGAAGUCGUGUGAGUUUCUUGUGGUUUAGGUUUUUCUUUGAUUUAUGUUUGCUUAUAUUAAGCUGUAUUUCGUUGUUCAAUUAAUGUAAGUUUUCUUAAUGUCAAAAAUUUGGCUAAAUUGUCUA